GUGCAUUGCAAUGUAUGUGUGUGCAGAGCAUCAGCUGUCCAGCACCAACACACGACACACAUUACCGUCAACAGGACAGCUCUCGACAAAUACCCACACACACCCGCCACUCAUAGCAAACGCCCCAGACCAGCAACCACACAUGAGUCCGUCCGUCAGUGUGAGGACACUUGCGGCACGAAGCCCAGGUUCUGCCUGUCGAUCCCAAACUCUGCCAGACGGGCCUCAUACGCCUUAACCAUCGCACGGUGACAAUCCUGCAGACAUGACACACACACACACAGACACACACAGAAGCAGACAGUGCUCGUGGAUGAAUGGACGAUCCAUAGGUAGCGCACCUUGAGCUUCUGUAUCUCAUGUUGUAGUUCUUCGAUGGAGUCGUUCUUGUACUGAAUGACCCUGUCAAGCUUCUCGCUGAUGCCGCCCACCGUGGCCUUGUCGAUGUUGGCCGACACGAGCAGCUCACUGAUCUGGGCAUCGGCGAUCUCCAUGGCCUCCUCCAACGCCUCCAACUUGCGCUCCAGCAACAAAUUCUGACAGGAAGGGGAGAGAGGGAGACAUGACGACCGAUGCAGAGAGGGAGGGAGGGGGGGAGACACAAGCAAGCUCUUUGUGAUGACCUGUAGGCCGCUCUUCUGCUGCACGUCAUAUAUGACAUUCUGGAACUUCUGAUAGAGCUCGUCCCUCUCCUGUCACGCCACGACAGAAGCCAUCUGUCUCCCGGCAGAUGGACCGUCUGUGUGUGGUGUAUGUGUUGCGCUGACCGCCUGUACUUUCUUCAUUUGCUGUUCGAGUAUUUCGUGCUGCAUUUUGAUGCCCGCUAUCUGCUCCUCCUUGUCGCCCAACGUGUCCUGCGCACAAAGAGCAGACAAGAGACACCAUCACGAGGGGUGGAAAUGCCUACGCGGUCAUCUCGAUGUCGUUGGUACCUUGACGUUGUGGAGUUUCUUCUUGUCAAUCUCGUAGAGUGCCAGCUCCUCCUGUAACCUCUCCACAUCCUGGUGGGCCUUACGCAGAGGCUCUGGGGGUGCCAACAAGAGCAACACACAUGCAUGGGAGGUGGCAAUGUCUCCCUGACAGACAUACAAACGUACCUGAGAGUGCUCUGUUCUUGGCGGUGAGGUCCGCCAUGAGUUUGGCGUCCUUGGACUCGCCCCGUUUCAGCUCCUCGUGAUCCUCCUGAACACGAAGCGCCGGGGCAAAUGGACCGACAUGACUUGUUGUAGCACUCUCCUUGUUUGCUGCUGACCUUCAGUCUUUUGAUGAGGUCGAUGUUGGACGAGGUGAUGUCGGUGUAGUAGUGCUUGAUGCCCUGCAGACUGGCCAAAUUCUGCUGCUGGACUCGACUGCAGGCAAGAAAUGACGGACAGGGAGACAUUCAAGGAGACGCACAUUUGUGCAUCGGCCGCUGGCUGCUUACGCGAUGUGUUGGUUCUUCUUCUCCUCAAUGCGGGAAAUGUCUUUUUUGCGCUGCUUCUCCAUCUCCUCACGCAACUGACAAAGGAAUCGAUGGCCAAUGGCCACACAGACAGACAGAGAGGUCAGCCUGCGCUCUUUCCCCUUCUUGUUUUCUCCCCGUUUGGGCGUACGGUUUUCAUUCUGAGUUGGAACUUCUGCUGGAGGUCUUUGGCUUUCCGCUCGAAGUCCUGCCUGAGUCCCAGGACCUGCUUGUCCUGCCGCAGCUUGAGCAGCCGCAGAAACUCCUCCUGACUGACCUCCUCCUCCUUCAACUGAACUGACCGUAUCGCACACAGAGAAAGGGAAAGAGAUUCCGUUGGCCUCUCUGUCGGAUUGAGUACACCAGAAUACCUUUGAGUGCUCUCUUGUCAGUGUGCAGCUGCCUGGCGGCCUCUCUGUGUUCAUCCUCCGCGAGUUUCUGCGCCAGUUCUCCGUCGAUGCGGAGGUUGACGCUCUCGUCCUGCUGCAGAUACCGCAGGUGCUUCACACGCUGCUUGAACAACUGCACACAGACACACACAAGUGGACGGAAUUGGGAGCGGGACUAUGCAUGUGUGUGUGUGUGUGUGUGUGUGUGUGUGUGCGUGCCUUGAGUUCGAUGCCCUGUCGCUCCUCGAGGUCUUGCAGCUCACGUGCCUUGGCACGCAGCUCUGCCUGGCUCCUCUGCAGUGACAAACGCACACACGCACACAGACACACACGUGUGGUGAGCGAGAUGGCUGUGUAUGUGGUACCAUGAGUCCCUUCUUUUCGACGAUCCAGAAGUAGUUGAUCUUUUCCCGCUCGUUCAUGAGCUCGUUCAUGAGCCGCUCCUCACUCUCACACUGAGCCUUCAACAGACUCGCCUGCAGAACGGGCACACAUACACACACAGGAUGAGAGGCCCUUCCCGGUGCGUGUCGCCAGUAGUCUGCGUCUCCGUGCGCGGUGUUCCAAUCAUGGGCCAUGCCACCUCGAUGAGGAGUUCCUGCUUCAUCUUUUCCCCCUCGGCCUCUUGUGCGGCCUGCAUGGGGUCCACCGCCUCCUUCUUCUUCCCACCGCCCUUCUUCUUGGGAGCCAUCUCGACUGCUUCCGUCCUUGCGUCGAGUCAAAAGUUGCUCACUGGCAUGC